ACAACACGUCAUGAACCAGUACCAGAACAGAAGUGCCGAAGAGCAAAAAACUUUCUUAUCCAAGAUCAAAGACAACUACAGUGCCAAGUUCGGGAACUUGUCAUUGACAUCCAGCAUCCAAAAGGCUUCGUCGUACGUCGAUAAAGAUGGGAACUCCGAAACAGAUACCUUAAUCCACAAGGCUUUCGUCAAGUAUUUUGAUUCCCAGAACCAGGCGUACCCCGAGUGGCUUGGGGUGCCGGCCGCCCCCGCCAGGUCCAGUGCGAGGGCCGGUCCACCGCUGGGCUAUACUAAUGUCAGCAGUAGUCAGUAUAAGCCUGUUUACUCGAACUACAAUACUCCGCAACCACCAUCACAACAGCAGCCGCAAGCACAAUCUCAGUACGCCGAGCCGGCGCCAGCCGCCCAGUCGGCGUAUAAACCACGGUCCUCGAGUCGGUUGCAGGACAUGUAUAACAAGUCCCGGCAGCAACACGUACCGGGAGGAGGAUACAAUACUGUGAACCAGGCCCCGGCACGAACAAACAGCUCCACGUCCGGAGCGAGACUUAGAGAGAGAAUGAUGAACAGCACCAGCAUGACGGGAAUGAACAACGUGAUAAGUGAAGGAAAUAAUGGAGGCAGCGGAGGAUCAAACGGAUCCAAGGCCACCUGGGGAAGACGUUAGCAAAAUAAGAAGCCUAAGAGCAUAACUACGUCCGAGACGUACCACGAGUUUGUACCAGAUCUGACCCAUACCCCCACGAAUUUGUACCAUGGUGCUCAGUAUAUAUCAUCUCACACCAUAAACAAAACUC